CGAAAAAAGCCAUUUCCAAUCCGAUUCCUCUAUCCAUGAUUACAACCGACAGAGGGAAACCAUUUUCCCUACUCUCAUGAAUUAACAACGGUAAUCCAUAAGCAUGCCACGGAGGAUCCAAGGUGGAAGACGAGUUAUCCUGUCCAUUUAUAAGAGAUACGGAUCGGAAGAGGUAACCCUCUCUCUCUGUCUCACAGAGUCUCUGUUAACUCUACCUCCAACUAUGGCGAUCUCUUCUGCUCUUACUUGUCGCCCUCAAAUCAAAGGGAAAUCAUUGAUUUAACGAUGAUAAUAAUCAUUGGUUUUGAUUCCCGACUUGAAUUUCUACUCUGUUUUUUUUUCUUCAAAGGACCACCUCCUCUGCUUCGCAAGCAACCAAACUUCUAUAUCUCUGAAAGGUUCAUGUGCCCAACCAAAAGGAGAUGUGGUACAUACUGUUUGCUGGAGGUUGGAGCACGCACCAGUGCUGAACUCUCACCAUCAUCCAUAUCACAAACUUUGUUUGAUAUAUCCAAGACUACCCAGAGUUUCCAUAUUAACAUACCUAAGGCAUCAUCACAAACCAUUUCAGACUACAUGCAAAGAAUCAUGUUAGCAGACUUGGAUCCAUCAUUGGCUAAGCUGGCAAUCGGGGUCCUUGGGCCAUUCCUCUCAGCAUUUGCCUUUCUUUUUAUUGUUAGAAUAGUUAUGUCCUGGUACCCCAAGCUACCUGUGGGGAAGUUCCCAUAUGUUAUAGUGUAUGCUCCAACAGAACCUCUUCUUGUUCCGACCCGUAAGUUGAUUCCACCUCUUGGAGGAGUGGAUGUAACCCCUGUGGUCUGGUUUGGACUGUUAAGUUUCAUUAACGAAAUAUUACUAGGCCCUCAAGGCCUUCUUGUGCUCCUCUCUCAACAGGUUUAGCUGUUUGACAAACAACAGAGAGGGAGAAGCAGGAUUGUAAAUAUUGAGACAAAUUUUGUAUCCUUUUACCAGAAGAUUGGUGGCUGCAAACAGCACAUUGUUGUUGUA